AUGGGGGAGUUUAUUCCUGGAUUGAUUUUCGAAAGUACUACAUUACAGAGAGGGAAUUAUACUGCAAAAUUGAUCGUGAUAUCAUUUGAUUUCGGGAUGCUUCCAAGACAUCUGCAGAUGAUGCUACAACUCAGACGGUAUCAUCUGAGGGAAUUGACGUCUUCGUCAUCAGUAAAAAUGUCACGGGGACAAAGUUUAAUUGCUGACCGUUACCAAUUAAUUUUACAAGUUAGGCAUAUAUCUUUUUUCGGGAGCGGUUCAAAGCCUUCGACUUCAUCAGCGAUUCCCGAGAUAUUGGCUGCACCUACAAAUACAUCAUCGAUUUCUACAGAUUCAACAGAUUUUACGCUGAUUGAACAACUGCAACUGGGUUUGGUGAAAGAUUUUCAUUUAUUUGAUUUUGUUGGUGGGAAUUCAUUGGUCAAAGAAUAUGAUCUAUUUUCAUGGUGGAGUCCGGCAUCAUGGUUUCGAUUAGCACUGGAAUAUAUGCAUUUUAACAUUGAUUUACCAUGGUGGCUAACCAUCGUAUGUGCCACAAUAAGCUUACGGUUACUGAUGAUAUUUGUACCGAUCGCUUCUCAUCGACUUAUGGGACGAGUACAGUUAUAUAAAAAAGAAAUUGAUAAAUUUAAAGAAAAAAUGGAAAUUGCCCAAAAAAGCGGAAAUUUUUUGCAAACGAUAGAAAUUCAGAAAGAGAUGAGAGAUUUCUUGAAAACAAAGAACAUCAAGCUGUAUCGACAGUUUAUAUUUAUGAGUCUUAAUGGCGCUAUCUUCAUGACACAGUUUAUUGCGGUCAAAAAAUUGGCUGAUGUUUCUUUUCCUGGUAUGAGCACUGGCGGUUUAUACUGGUUCAAGGAUUUGACCGUCCCAGAUCCUUAUUAUUUGCUUCCACUUAUUUCUGCUAUCACAGUCGCUGCAGUAUUCAAAAUGGGGGCCGAAACUGGUGGAUCAAAUCAAAGCGUUAGUCCGCAGAUGCAAAAGAUGCUGACCAGAAUCGGACCAAUUGUGGUUUUUGCAUGUAGUACCAAAGUUUCUUCAGUGGGUUUUCCUUAUUUUCAGGAAAUACGUCGCAUUAUAAAAAGAGCCCAUUGGAAAUUUCAGGCCAUAGCCUUAUACUGGUGCACAUCAAAUAUGAUCUCUGUAAUGUUUUCUGGAAUACUGAAGAUUCCACUAGUCCGUGCUUCCCUGAAGAUACCUCAGCUACCAUCGAAGCAAGUGCGUUCCUACAAAAAAGCUCUUGGCCAAAAUAUAGAUCAGGGGACUGCGAAAAAGCAAGGUAAAAAAACAUUUAUUGAAAAGGCAAAAGAUGUCUCUGAUGGAUAG